CUCAUUCUACUUUCCGAAAAUUGAAUUUUAAUCAAUAAUUUUGAAACUGUUGGUGUAAAAAGUGUUGAAAUGGAGAUGGUAGACAGUCAAAGUUUAAUCGGACCAUCGCUUUCGACUUUGAACGAUGAGCCGCAACAAAUUGAAAAACUGAAGCCCCUGGAGCUUCUGAAAAUGAAAAUGUGUAAAUCACACGAUUUGAUUAUGAACUACAAUGAUAAGCUAAAAGAAUGUAUAAAUCUGAAAAAUUCGCUAGAGCAAGCACAAAAUAAAGCAAAGAACAUGGAGACCAAAUACAUGUCAACGCUCCAAAAAUUAAUAAAUGUAGAACUCCAAAAUACUAACUUUCGAAAAUCACUCGAGGACUCCAAAAAGAAGAUCGUCAAUCUAGAAACGAAGACUGCAGGAGAUCAGCGACUCAUUCAGCAACUUACUUGUAAAAUUGAAGAUAACGAUGAGAAAAAUGCUGAUAAAUUGAUGGAUGCUGAUUUAAAUAAAUUAAAACUUGAAGAGAAAAUAAAAAGCCUGGAGCAGGAAAUCAAAACUCUGAAAAAACCUCGCCCUGACAAGAAGACGCUGAGAAAACAUAAAGGAGUGAAUACAGAACAAGUUCAGAUCGUCGAUUACGAUUAUAGUCUAAACGCAGAUGCAAAUCUUUUGGAAGAUCGUCUCCGGGGAAGUGAAUUUAAUGAGAGUGUUGAAGUUAAGGAGGAAAAUUCAUUCUCUAUACUUUGUGCAAAGUGUGAUGUUGCAGUUGACAAACUUAUCCACUCUUUUGAACCGCCUGAAGCUUUAGUUACGCCUAUUUCAUCACCAAUUCCGCAAUUCUAUCCCAAUGAAAUACAAAGUCUCAUAGAGCCAACCUACAGUCCAAUGAGAGGCAGAGAAGUAGUGGAACCUGAACAUUUGACUGAUCCUCCAAAAGAUAUAAAUCUCGAAUCAGAGACAAUUAAAGCCCUAGAAAAAAGACUAAAGAAUUUAGAGCGUAAGAUAAAAAGGCAAAACAAAAUCGAGGAUAAGAAUCGGUGCUGCCAUUCCAGUUCUAACUCCUAUUUUCCAAAUUCUGCGAAUCAGGAUAUUAUGCUCGAGAUAUGGAAGAAACUGCUCGAUAAAGAUAAGUCUGCCUGUAAACUCAAACGUAAAAAGAAGCUCAAGCGAUGUAAAAAUAAAAGAAAGGUCAUUUCUAAAAAGAAGGACAGGCGAAAAAGUUUACAAAAUUGGUCAGUGGAAUCUGCAAUCGCAUCGGAUAAUCUGAUACAAGAAAAUUUGGAAAUAAUUGAUUCAAGGAAAAAGAGUUCAGAGCCUCAGAUUGAAAAGAAUUGUUUAGAAGAGAGCAGGGAAUGUCCAGGUCCAAGUAGAAAGAAAGAAUUGAUUUCUUUUUUAGUUUCAAACGAAUCAGAACUUCCAACUUUAAUCCUAGAAAAUAAAUAUGAAAAACGAACAUCUAGAAAAGAAAAUGAAGAUUUCGAGAAAGAUCUUUCAAGAAAAACUUCUUAUUUAUCGCAAGUAAUUCUAGAAGAAGAAUCGGUUUUCAUUAUAGAAAAGUCGAAAGAGCAAAAACAAACUAACAUUACACAAGACAAUAAUUUCGAAAUGCUGGAAGUGAGUCACGAUAAAAUUUUGACAAGUUCUCCAAAUAUCGAGACACCGAAAAUUCAAGAAACAGAUACAAUUUCAAUAGAAGCUCCCACUUUAUGGAAAGAAAUUGCAAAUCCAAAGGAAUCGAUUUUAAAUCAAGAAAAACAAAUAAACGCCACCAAAGAAAAUAAUUUGGAGAUGCUGGAAAUUAGUCGCGAUACAAUUUCUAUAAGUUUACAAAAUAUUCAGCCGCCGAAAAUUCAAGAAACCGAUAUAUUUUCAAAAGAAGCUUCCAUGUUAUGGAAAGUAAUACCAAAUUCAGUGCAAUCAAUAUUAAAUCAAGAAAAACAAAUAAACGCUGCAAAAGAAAAUAAUUUGGAAAUCUCGCAAUUGGAUCACGAUAAAAUUUCUGCAAAUUCUCCAAAUGCUGAGACAGCGAUUCAAGAAAAAGAUGCAUUUUUAAGAGAGCAUUCCAAUUUACAGGAAGAAUUUCCAGAUAAAGUAGAACCACAAUAUGAUAUUGUGAAAGCGAUUCAAGAAAAUGUUUCACUUUCAACAGAAUCUCCCACUUUACCGAAAAUGAUUCCAGAAUCACUUAAAAAUCAAGAAAAACGAAUAAACUCUACACACGAUUUCGAAACGCUGAAAGUGAGUGACGAUAAAAUAUCUGCAAAUUCUCAAAAUAUUGAGACACUGAUUCAAGAAAAAAAGUCUCCCGCUUCACCAAAAAUUCAAGAAGCAGAAGAGUCAGUUUUGUUCCAGGAAAAUUCAAAAGAAAAUCUAAGAAACUCAAUUUCUACAAGUUCACCAAAUAUCAUCGAGACAUCGGAAAUUCACGGGAGUCAGAAGGAUUCAGAAAAUGUUUUAAACAAACCUUCGACUUCAGAAGGAAGCAGAAAAAUCCUCAAAAACGGAAUUCAAAGCCCGAAGGGAAAUAAAUCCUUACUUUUUAUUCAAGAAAAAGAAACAAACGAUUUCAAAACGCUGGAAGUGGGUUACGAUAAAAUGUCUGCAAGUUCUCGAAAUAUUGAAAGACUGAUUCAAGAAAAAGAGUCUCUCACUCCACUGAAAAUUCCGCCGGGACCAGAAGAGUCAGUAUUGAUUCUAGAAAAGUCAGAACAGAAUCUUCGAAACUCGAUUUUUGCAAGUUCUCCAAAUUCAGAAAAUGAUUUAAAUAAACUUUCCACUUUAGAAGAAAGCAGAAAAAUCCUCGAAAUCGGAAUUCAUAGCGCGAAGGGAAAUAAAUCCUUACUUUUGAAUCAAGAAAACGAAGCAAACUUUACAAAAGAUUUCGAAACGCUGGAAGUAAGUCACGAUACAAUUUCUGCAAGUUCUCCGAAUAUUGAGAAACUGAUUCAAAAAAAAGUGUAUCCCACUCCACUGAAAAUUCUAGAACCAGAAGAGUCAGUAUUGAUGCUAGAAAAGUCAGAACAGGAUCUCCCAAACCCGAUUUCUGCUAGUUCACCAAAUAUCAUCGAGACAUCGGAAAUUGACGGGAGUCAGAAGGAUUCAGAAAAUGAUUUAAAUAAACCUUCCACUUCAGAAGAAAGCCGCAAAAUCCUCGAAAAUAGAAUUCAAAGUUUGAAGGGAAAUAAAUCCUUGCUUUUGAAUCAAGAAAACGAAACAAACUCUACAAAAGAAUUCGACACGCUGGAAGUGAGUCACGAUAUAAUUUCUGCAAGUUCUCCGAAUAUUGAGAAACUGAUUCAAAAAAAAGUGUCUCCCACUCCACUGAAAAUUCAAGAACCAGAAGAGUCAGUAGUGAUGCUAGAAAAUUUAAAACAGAAUCAUUCAAAAUCGAUUUCUACAAGUUUGCCAAAUAUCAUCGAGACACCAAAAAUUCUCGGGAAUCGGGAAGAUCAGGGAAAUGUUUUAAAUAAACCUUCCACCUCGGAAGAAAGCCAAAAAAUUCUCGAAUGCCGAACUCAAAGCAUGAAGAGAAAGAAAUCCUCCUCACCUCAGGAGAGUCACGAUCAUAUUCAUAAUUUACCAGUUUUGGGAGAACAUUCUCGAAAAAUGGUUCGCAGAAGAUUAUCCUCUCAUUAUUCUACCGAUUCUCUUGACGUUGAACUGGCAAGAAACUCCUCAGAUUUCCAGCGUGUGCAUUCCGAAAAAACUUGCAUGAAUCUAGUCAUGAAUCCGGAAAAAGGAGAAGGUAACAUAAUGCCGGAAGAGUUUUCAGAGGUAGAUGAAAGCAGUAUUAGUGAUCAAGUACAAAUUAUGGACACGAUUCCUUCAUUUGAAAUGAAGGAAGAGCUCGAAUUUACAGAAGAGAUUUCACAAGAACUGGCAAAUUCUUUUAACGAGAAGAGAACAUCUGAUUUAUUGGACGAACUCGCUUUGUCAGAUGACGAACCUCCGGAAGAAGUCAAAACGAAAUCAAAUUCUUCUUUGGAAGACACUUCUCAUAUUUUUAUUUCCAAUUCGAAUAAGAACGACGCGAAGAAUUUCAUUCAAGGGAAAAGGUCUUCGGCUCUUCUUCUCACAGUGAUAAGUCCAGUGAGUCAGGCAAAGAGGAUGAAGAAAGUUGAUUUGAAGAAUUCAAAACUGGGAAAUCGAGGAAAUCUUCUGACGAAGAUAAGAACUUUGAAGAGGCGUACGAAUAAAAUGGUUUUGCAUCCUAUCGUUAAGAAAUCGGAAGAGAAAAAUGAUAUAAAAGUUGAGCCAAAAUCCGAAAUUGAGAACAAUGUCGAAAGUGUAGCCUCAAAUUGUCCUGUGCACCCUAAAAAACGAAGAAUUGCUCAUACGCCGAAAGCAGAAAGUGAAUCUGGGAGUGUAACUUCUUUCGAAGAUUUUCCGCUCGAAAUUCCGAUAAGAAAAUCGCUCAGAUCUGCGUCGAAAUCGCCAGGAAAGAAUAAGAGGAUUAAGUCGUCAGAGGAGAAAUCGGCUGAUUUAGAAGAGAAAUUUCCGGUUAGGAAAAAGGGUAGACCGAGGAAAGUGAAAGUGCCGGAUGUAAAUUCAGUUGAUUUGUCAAUAAAAGCAGAAAGAAAGGAAGAUUUGAGGACAGAUGUGGAACCUUUGAAUUUAUGUUCGGAUAAAAGUCAGAGUGAAGAUUUAAUCAAAAGUUCCGUACAGGAAAAUUCGAAUUUAACCAAUAAUACUUCGUCUGACGAAGAUGUUGCGCUUGCGAGUCGAAUUGUGGUGAAGAACGAAUAUUGGGAAAGGGCGAAAAAAGUUCUUGAGAGUAUUAAAGAGACGGAUAGAGAUGAUGAUGCUUCUGUUAGAGAACUUCGUUCAAGACAGGUGGAAGUUGCAGCCGAGGAAAAUUUGGAAAAACCGGGAAUUUGGAAAAAGCGCGGAAAAUCGAAAUUUCUACCAGUGCAUCCUAAACAUCCGCUCCUCAAAACCCAUUAUGUGGUUAAAUUGCUUAAUGAGACUUUUGAAGAGAAGCCGUUUGUGGAUUUGCGUCAAAAAUCUAAGCUGUCACAGGGCUCUCUUGAAAAGAACGUUAAACUGCAAUUGAGUCGAUUGGUGAUGAGCGAAUCCUGGACGGUGGAAUUACACUUGGACGUAAUAAAAAACCUGACUGAACUCUGUCAAGCAUCAACCGCAGCAAAGUGUAUAGUGAUUUUUCUCCAGAAUACAUUUGAGGAGGAGGAGGAACCAUUGGAUAAAAGCAACACACCGCCCGCACCAAUGAUGUCGAGAACACAGCAAAAAAUUGUUACUUUGAUUGCCAGUUUAGAGAAAACAAUGCCAAAUAUUUUUGAUCUCGUUUCCGCCGGUAUUGAUUAUUCGCUUUUUCGACUCAACGAGGAACACAAGGAUAGAAAUGUAAUUGAAGGAUUGGCCCGAGUCUACAUAGUUUUGGCUCGUCUGAAAAAAGACAGAGAGAAGGCAAGAUUAUUUUGCUGCGAUGCUCUUUAUUGCUUACGUAAUAAUGCCGUAACUGUCAUUUACGUCGUCCUAACUUGCUGGCCUGAAGUUUUUCCUAUCUGCGACACAAAUCCAGAAAUCCUGCCGAAGUGCAUGGCACAUAUAAUUCUAACGACUGAAGGAUGUGGAAUCAAAUAUCCAAAGGUUGGUGCUCUCAAAAAUCUAAUCUCGGCCUACUAUCAGUAUCCGAGGGCGGAAUAUUUCUCCAAGCAACUUGCUACCGAAUUUUUGUCUGCUUUAAAACAGAAACAUGAAAAUAGCACCGAUAUGGCGAUUAUUUUAUUGGCGAAGAAAGAAGGACCUGAUUGGACUUACAAAAAUAUUAUUCAAGGUGGAUUACUGCAGAUGAUUGUUGAAAAGACUCAUCCUUCCGUUUAUGAUGCGUUUAGUUUACUUGGUAAUUUAAUGCGAACCUUCCCGAAAGAAGAUAAAGAGAACUAUAUUGGUAAAACUGUCCAACAGUUGUGCGACUUGCUGGACUCAAGUCAAGGUGCGGAAGAUCAUCUCGAGGGAGUCGCAACCGCCUUGCUGAGCCUCGCAAAGUUCACAAAUCACUUGGAUAAAAUAGCAAAAUGUCUUCUACUUUGGAAACCUAAUCAGACUCUUCGACCUGAGACGAUAGUUAAAUUCAAGUUUUUCUUCCAAUCGCGUACUACAGCAGCGUGGCAUAACUUUAUUGUGAACGAUUUCAAGAAUCUUACUGAACCUAGACUAAAUAAUAAUGUUCAUAAUAAGAAGCCUCAGUUAAACAUUUCGAAAGUUCAAAUCAAGAAGAAGAAAAAUAAUAGACGCCGAACGAAAAAAGCAAAUACCUCUGUGAAAGUUCCUUCGAAUUCGUGAGGAUUUUCUUAUUGUGAUAUUAGUUAAUGACUAGCAUUAAUCCAGAUGUGUAAAUAAGCCAAAAUAUUUUAAGAAUGGGGAUAGAGUCUUCGAUAGUGUUUCAUUUUAUUGAUGCGCUUUACACUUUUAAAGAGGGAACUUAUAUUAAUUUUCCUCGUGUUCCUUUUUUCAUGUACUUCAUCUUUAAAUUAAAAAAAAAGGAUUAUUUAUUUAUUUACACUUGUCUC